GUAUUCUCCAGUAUAAGAUCUGGAUCUGGGCCUGGAAUGGGUUGAGAUGAGUAGGAUGAGUGUAAACCUCCUGGUUCCAGGGUUCCUUGUUCUCCUGGUACACCUGGAGACUGCAGGAGGGAACCCUGAUGCUAAACGGUUGUACGAUGAUCUCUUGAGUAAUUAUAACAGGUUGAUACGACCUGUAGCUAACAAUACGGAUAAAAUUACUGUGAAAAUGGGUCUCAAGCUCUCACAACUAGUUGACCUGGAUUUGAAGAAUCAAAUUUUGACGACAAAUCUGUGGGUAGAAACGGAGUGGAGGGAUGAUAAGCUCCAAUGGGAUCCUGAUGAGUAUGGUGGAGUAGAGGAGAUCUAUGUACCCUCAGAGAUUAUCUGGUUGCCAGAUAUCAUCCUCUACAACAAUGCGGAUGGGAACUACCAUAUAACGACUAUGACGAAGGCGACACUCUACCAUGACGGGCUGGUGAAAUGGGAACCUCCGGCCAUCUUUAAAUCCUCCUGUGAUAUUGACGUCAGAUAUUUCCCGUUUGAUGAGCAGACUUGUUGGCUCAAGUUCGGUAGCUGGACAUUCGACGGGUUCCAGUCCGGGGAAAAAACUGCUCUUGCCAUAGCGAUCCUUGUGUCCCAAACUCUUUACUUUACUCUGGUCAUAGAGGUGAUCCCCGCCACCUCUCUCACCCUCCCUCUGCUGGGUAGAUAUCUUCUCUUCUCUAUGGUGCUCGUUGCAGUCUCAGUAUGCUUAGCAACAAUAGUUCUUAAUCUACACUACAGGAAGCCGAGUACACACCGCAUGCCGGUCUGGGUUCGAACAAUAUUGAUCCAAAAGAUGCCUGGCUUCCUUCUCAUGCGUGUUCCUAAACAGGUUGUAAAGGCGAGUAAUGGUAUACGGAGGAGUAAAUACCUCCGCCAGUCUGACCCUGCUCUGGCGGAGUUAUCGGAGUGUGAGCCGAGUAACGGAUUCCCAGGAGACAAGCUCAACGGUCAGCUCAGGAGCCAUCUUGACUCGAUAUUCAGUGGUUUCCAGAAGCUGAUAGCUGGUACUGCCCAGGCUACGAUGGGACAGAGAAAACUACCGUUUGUUGUCGAGAAAACUAUUCAUAAUAUUCUCUUCAUUAAAACACAUAUUCAGAGACAGGAUGAAUUUGAUGCGGAGGACCAGGAUUGGGGGAUUGUAGCCAUGGUUCUGGAUCGUUUAUUUCUCUGGAUUUUUGGAGCAGCCGCGGUGGUUGGAUCCUUCAUGAUCCUAACCGAGUCCCCCUCCCUCUUCGAGGCCACGGAGCCCAUCGAUGUCAAGUUCUCGAAGAUUGCGCAGGAAGAAGCUCGAAUUCUUGCCUCCAUUGCAUAAAAUAAUCUAUUUUGCGUUUAUUGGACAAAAGUUUGCUCUUUUUUCAGGAAUUAGAUAAAACAUGAAAAAUCAAAACUACCAAAAGAAGAUGUUUAACAAAACUUCUAACAUUUGAUUUUAUCCGGAUAUAUAAAAAGAGUACAGUAGAAUUUUUCAAUACUAAAAACAAAAAAUUUGUUAAAUUGACCUAUAACUUAAAAACAGUUUUUAUUAUAAAAAUGUUGUUACUCCUUGUUCACAAAAAAUUACUAUUGAUCCUAGUGCUAUUAACAACUAUAGAUGCAAAAUUGAUACAAAAAUAUUGGGAGAUUUUCGUUUUUUUCAGAAAAAUAUAUAAAAUCAUAAAUUUAAUCCCACUUUGUUAUAUUCCGUUAUCGAUAUUACAAUAUUAUAACUAAUCAUUGAAAAUUAUGUUAAUACAAAUAUUGAAAAGUAAGCUAAUGAUGUAAAUGCUUCUGAUUAUAUAAUGAUAAAGAUUGAUGAAACCAACGUUAAUAAAUAAUAUCUGCUUAAACCUACACCGUGCUACUAGGUAGUUACUUAUUCCACAAUAUAAUUAUUAUCUUAUGUCAAAAUAAAUCAUUGUACAACAUA